CCUAAGCAACAGACUCUAUUUGAACAGCCUGAGUCAAUUCAUCAGCAUGCAGAUUUAAUACCUGAUUUCUGCCUGCAUCCAAAAAGAGAUUCAUCUUCUUCGAUUUUGCAUUUAUACCCCAAUGCUUAUUUUAGGUCAAUUUAUACUAGGAUUAUUCUUUGCAUUUUAAAUAGUUAUUUCUAUAAAGAGUUAAUAAUAAGGCUGAUUAGAGAAAAAGAAUUUUGCACUGAGACAUAAAGAAAUGAGAAGUCAGUAUGGAAUUAAUGAAGAAGUAAAGAAAGGGAGAAAGGAGAAACAGUAUUAUUUCAAGAAGAAGCUUAUCUUAAAGGAUGGGUACAGAAGUGAAAAAUGAAAAUUAAUCAAGCCAUUUUGUAUAGUCUGAAUAUUUGGAUUAUAGACUGAAUAUUUGGAGAGCUGUAGAUUUUCUAGAACCAUGAACAUGCUGUUUAGAAAUAAUUGUACUGCUAAUUAAAUCUGAAUAAAUAACAGAGCCAAAUAUUAACAGCAGAGUCAGUAAAAAAGAAAAAAUGGAUCAAGAUUGAGAAGUUAAUUAGAUCUAUGCAGUUUAGCUCAAAAUGUUCUAUUGCUAUUAUACUACCAGUUUGUUCUAAUUUUAAGAAAGAGAAAAAUAGCCUCUCAGCUGCCUAGAGCAUGUACUGACACACUUCUGAAAAAUCAUCAAAACAUCUAAGAACCUUAAUCAAUGGAGAGGAAUGCUACAUAUUUUAGGAGCGUCUUGGAGGGCUCUCUGCUGGAAAACAUCACGCCAGUGAGUGGGAACCUCAACCAGUCUAUCCUCCACACCCGAGAUGAAGAACUUGCUAAGGUUGAGAUUGGAAUUCUGGCUGCUGUCUUGGUGGUGACUGUGGUGGGAAACCUGGGUAUCCUUCUGGCCAUGUAUCGCCUUCGGAAGAAGAUGAGCCGGAUGCACCUUUUCAUUCUUCACCUGGGACUGACAGACCUUGGGGUGGCCCUCUUCCAGGUAUUUCCCCAGAUGAUUUGGGAAAUGACCUAUCGUUUCCAGGGUCCUGAUCCACUCUGCAAGGUUGUCAAGUACCUGCAGGUGCUAAGCAUGUUUGCCUCUACAUACAUGCUCAUUGCCAUGACACUGGAUCGUUACAUGGCUGUGUGCUACCCACUGCGUACUCUACGGCAGCCCACCUGCCAGGCAUAUCUAAUGAUUGGAGUCACUUGGCUACUAAGUUGCUUGCUUAGCAUACCCCAGCUCUUCAUCUUCUCACUAAGGGAGGUCCGCCAAGGUUCUGGUCUGCUAGAUUGCUGGGCAGAGUUCAAAUACCCUUGGGGCGCAAAGGUGUACAUUACCUGGAUGACUUUGUGUGUCUUUGUACUGCCGGUGGUUAUCCUCUCAGUUUGUUAUGGCCUGAUCUGUCAUAAGAUCUGCAAGAAUCUUAGAGGAAAAACCCAAAGAUGUGGUCUCUCUGCAGCAGAUGCUAUCUCAUACACAGCCACUGAUCAGAAUGGAGCGGAAGGGUACCAUUCUGGCUCUCGGGUUAGCAGUGUGCUUACCAUCUCCCGUGCCAAGAUCCGCACUGUAAAGAUGACUUUUGUCAUAGUGAUGGCCUAUAUUGCUUGUUGGGCACCUUUCUUCAGUGUACAGAUGUGGUCAGUGUGGGAUAAGAAUGCACCCAAUGAUGAGUCAAGCGAUGUGACUUUUACCAUCACCAUGUUGCUGGCCAGCCUUAGCAGCUGCUGUAAUCCCUGGAUUUACAUGUUUUUCAGUGGGCAUCUCUUUUAUGGUGUCCUCCACUUUUUCUCCUGCUGCGGGAAUCUCCGGUCCAAUCUCAGGAGGCAGAUGUCCAAUGGCAGCCUCUGCAGCCAUAAAACUACCAUCUUGAGUCACAGUCCUCAGAGCACCCCAGAUCCAAAUGCUGCUGGGAUCCAGAUGCAAGUGGGAAAUAUGAAAGAAUUCUACCAGCCUUAUGAAGAUACAGUGAUUGAUUCAGGAAUUCUUUAAAAUAACGGAGCGGUGUAAUGCCAAUGAAUGAUACUGUUAUCCCAUAAUCUGUUAUUUUGAAACAAGCAGAAAUAGUAGAAUAAUGUAGUGGCCCUAUAGGAUAUACUUUGUGGCUAUGAAACAUAGCACACAAUAUAUAACAUAAAUCAGGCCUGAUUCAUUUCUUUUUAAAAACACUGUUCUGAAUUAUAGUCUUGUCUCAAGAUAGCAGUGCUAUCUUGUUAUUGAUUGUACUAAACAGUUUAUACGUUUUAAAUUACAUUUUAUGGGCCACCUUAUUUCAAAUAUACAACCCUAAUUUCAAAUAUAUGAAUGAAUAUAUGAAGGUAAGAAUUACUUUUCGGGUCUUUCGUUUCUUCAAUUACUUUUAAAACUUAACUUUCUUCUUGCUCACAAGGCCCUCUCUAUGCCUAUACUAAAAAGAUGUAUUGAUCAGUAGCAAUUUAACUUACCUUUCUCAUCUAAUUUAGAAGAAAAUAGUUAGCUUUGCUUCAGAUUGCUGAAAAUUGUAUCAGGAAUGCUUCAGCUCCUAUCAUGUAAAUUAAUGGUAUUAAUAAAUGUAUGCCAUGCAACUAAAAUGGUUUUAAACUGUUAUCAGUAUUCCUUGAGGUACACUAUUCCUGAAGUAAUUAUUGUUAACUGUUCUUAAAGUCAGAAAUAUCCUUGAUCUCAGUUUGGAACGAUAAACACCAAGCAUGAAAUGACAUGUUGGCAGCAAAAGUUAUUGGCUACAAAAGCACCUUGAUUAUGAAAGGUAAUUAUUAGGUCUAAAAAGACCGUUAUCUGCCACUGAGCCACUGUCAACUUGCAUGCACUCAUUAUGAAUUAAUGAACUCUCAAAUAUCAUUGCUUUUACUCAGAGGCUAUUAACUAAGCCAAUUAUCAGCGAUAAAGACUACUGAUAGCAUCUAAUUUCUGACAUUCAUUUUAAUGAGCUGGAAGCUCAGCUGAUACUGGCUAGUAGUACCAACUCACAGCUCAGCUAAAUCUGAUUGAACAAUGUUUUCUUUAAGAAGCUGUAUAUCACUUUCUAUCUCUGGAGUUUAGCAUCCUAAAAUUGCUAAGGUUCUAGUACAGAGGUGUCAAACUUUAUCAUAUCACGUGAUGUAUCAUGACGUAUCGCAAUGUUUUUUGCCUUUGCGGAGCUGGGGUGGGCAUCGCCUGUGUGUCACAUAUCCAGCCCACGGGCUGCCAGUUUGACAAGUCUGUUCUAGUAGAACUUUUUCCAGUCUGGUGUGCUCCAGGUGUGUCAGCCGCACUACCUAGGAAUUCUGGGAACUGCUUCAAACUGGAAAAAAAGUAGAUUGCCCUCCUGUAGAAUAAUUGGGCCUACUAUAUAGAUUUUGACUAGUUUAAUAAAAAAUAUUAAGCUUAUAAUGUGGUUUGUUUAGUUUUGGUUUAGUAUGUCAUGUGAACAGCCAUUAUGGCAUAUAAGCUAUGGUUUAUGAUUUAGUGAGUUGUGUGAACCCAUCCUUACUCCUUCCUGGUUCUGCUGUAUGCUUUCCCCAAAGUGAGCGAUGCUAAUAGCAAAGAACAGAUACUAUUCCCCAAUUGACUGGUCUUGGAUGUUAGUUUCUUUCACUGUGCCUGUCUGAACAGCCCAGUGAAAUACAAUUUCAAGAAAAUCCCAUGGCUACUUCCUAUCUUUUUUAACAGAGAGAAUAAAAGAACCUGGGAUGGUGAGGAGGAGAAAGAGGGCAUGUUGAAGAUAACGAUAAUUUAACACUUUGAGAUGAAACAGAGAAUUAAUAUGGUCUUUGUAGUCCCCUACCCUCUCUUACUUCAGUCACUAUUUCCAGUUCUUGCAAUAGCUUCUAAAUUGUGGAAAUAUCCCAAGGAAAAGAUAUUGUAAUGUAGCUAUCCCUCUUCCAUCUAAUGACGUUUCCUGACGAUUAUACUUUCAACUUAGUGUUAUGUGUGAACUCAGCCAAUUGUGGCUUAUUUAACAAACCACAAUUAACCAAAACCAACUUAAAGGGUAAACUUGACCUGUUUCUUUACCUACUCAAACAAAAGAGAAGCAACAUUCAAAGUAUAAGCACAGUGAUUUAAGAACCAAUGGACUGCUCAGUUAUUAAAUACUUAACUUUAUAGUUGACUUUUUAAAACCAUUCACUUAUAGCUGAUUUUUAAAAAAAAUAAAAAGGCAACAAAACCAGUUUCCAGUAAAACAAAAAAAAGUAACUAAUUAGGAAAGAUUUAAGUGUUUGUGUUUGUUUAUGACAUGUUUAAAUGAUAAGGACAUAAUCAAAUUUAAUUUCUGUGGAAACUAGGAAAAUAUAAGAUGUGAGACAAACAUCAAAGGACAUUGAGUAAGUGAAGACUUUUGACAUUUCUUUCUCCAACAUGAAAAUAAAUAAGUAAAUUUAAGAUGAAUGUUAAAAUGUAAAUGCUUGCAAUUUCUAGAUAAGGAAAUAUGAUAAAAUCAAGGCUUUGCCUGUUUUUAAAUGAGUUUUUACAUGCAACACAAAUAAAAAAGAACAUCAAUCACA